AUGAUGACACUGAUUCGCAAGACCACCCCAAUCCAGCUCGAUCUGUGCGGUUUGAGCUCAGACAUCGAGUUGUCAAGCCCUGUCCGACAGUUGACCGCACAGCCUAAAGACCCGGUGACCACUGUGAAGGCUGUGGGAGGUUCUGGUGCGCAGGAAUCGGGGUCGCCUAAAGGUGCUAAUGCAAGCGUCAAGUCUCAUCGUAGUAUGGGCUUCAGACCCAAUCAAAGUUCAUCUAAGAAACCAUGUAUACGAGAGAGGACCAUGGGGCAAGUACCCGACUUCAACGCAUAUGAGCGUCAGUCUUCGAAGAGAUUGAAGUCAGCCGAGGUAUACCUACUGUCGAAGGAAUUCGAUCGCAAGACAGCACCCUUCACCACUACUCAGCUCAAAGAAAAUGGCAAUGUGAUGCAUAUCGUCCCAUCUGUCACUGCCAAGACGACAUCCUCUACCAACAUUGUGCAGAGUUCGUUAGAUACUGUGACCCAGGUAAUUGCUACGCUUGGUCAGAAGCUCAGUGAAACGGAGCACGUUUUAAGAGAGGCCGAAGACAGGUCCUACCGCCUCGAGCUGGAGCUGGUAGCUGAAAGACAGUCACGCCGGGUCAAGGAUGCAAAGAUUGCAAGGUUGGAGAGGGAACUUGGGAACGAAAAGAAGAAUUGCCAAAUUCUGGAGGAUGCACAGAAGAAGUUGGACCAGAUCCAAGCACUGUGCGGUGGCCUUGGUGGUGGGGCAGAUCCGGGGCUCAAGCGGGAGUUGGGAAGAUAG